AUGUUUGAUACUUACGAUUGCCUAGAUGUAUCGUCAUCGUAUCUCAAGACCGAGGCACAGACAUGGGUAUCACGUUCGGGACGGCCAACGAAGCGUGCAAAGCGUGAUGGUGAAGAGGAUGUGACCGGUGUGGAUGACGAAGAAGACUCACGCAGUGACGACGACAAGGAACCUGCAUCUCGUCGCUUGGUAAUCCAUGUUGGCUCAGACUUUAUCCGUGUUGGCCGUGCGACGGAUUUGUAUCCUACGGCUGUGCCGAAUGUUCUUGCACGCAAGUUGACCACAAGGAAUGAAGAAGCGAGAGAAGCAGGCAGUGGUCCUGACGAUGGCCGACAGGGCAUGUCAGAUCCACCUAGAGAACAUGCUACAGACGCACAGCUUGACAUGCUACGUGCGGAAUUGCGCUCGAUUAUGCGACAGUACAAGCUGCGCCCUGUCAGCAACGGAUGGCAAUCAGCCAACAGCUACAAUGCAUCUGUGGAGCCUGAGCGUGUUGCUGAGCACAAUGAUGUGUACCACGUGGGCUUUCUUGAUGAUCUGCCGGGGCAAGUCGUUGUAGGACAAGAAGCAUUGCGUCUCGCUGCAUUGUCGAAGGACGACAACACAUCCUGGCGUUUGUACCGACCGUGGAACCGAGGGAUGUUGGAUGUUGCCGGAUAUGCGCGCACGUACGGCGAUGCGUGUGUUGAGGCGCUCCUGGGCGACCUGCAGCAGAUUCUUACGCAUGCCAUCUCAGCACCGCCAGCCUCUGAGGCAGGGCCUAGCGCCAUGAGUCCAGGUCUUGGUAUCCCUGAGUCCUCUUUCGGGACGUAUUCGGUACUGCUCCUUGUUCCCGACUCUUUUUCUAGGAGUGACCUUCGUGCAUUAGGUCAUGUGUUCUUGCGAUACAUGGGCUUUUCAGCUCUACAUGUUCAGACAGAGGGUCUGUGUGCGACCUUUGGUGCGGGACUCAGUGCUGCGUGUGUGGUGGAUAUUGGGGCGACGAGCAUAGGCAUCUCGUGCGUCGAAGAGGGACUUGUUCUGCCUGAGACUCGUGUGGCGUUGUCUUAUGGCGGACGCGAUAUGAGCCGCUUCUUUGGUGACGUGCUUCGCGGCUCUAGUUUUCCGUACAAGGACCUGAACGCGGAAAAGCGACUCGCUGAUGCAGCGCUUCUUGCCGACUUGAAAGAACGCCUGGUGACGCUUCAACCAAGCCAGGUCAGUUUGAAUCUGUACGAUUUCAUGGUCCGUUUGCCUGGACACACGGCGUCCAAGUACGCACUACGUGUAUACGAUGAGCCGAUCCUCGCGGGGCUUAUGCUCUUCCAUCCAUCAGUGGCAUAUCCCCCACCGAUGCCGCGGCGUCCCUUGACAUAUGCGCCGCCCGAGACGAAUCCGACCGAUGAGCCAGAGCCCUCCACUGCACUUGCAGCAGCAGCAAAUGCAUCGUUGGGCGGUGACGAGGCUACAGAGCUGUCCGUUGCGUCCGUGCUGGACUUGGCGCCGACUCUUGCUAUGUUUGGCUGCCUCGCAACACGCUUGUCAGAAUCGGUCGCCGUGCUGGUUGACAUGAAUGGUGUUCGUCCGCCAGCGACGCCGACAACCUCGACAUUCGCGAACGGCGAUGCAACAGUGCCACUGAACCAGGAUGCGCCUGAAGGAGCGACCGAAUCAAGCCAUGCUGCUGGUGCUACGGGCCCCGGUAUGCCAACCACGACGCCAUCAUCCUCAACCUCACAAGCAUCGGCGUCUGCGUCUGCGUCUGGCCGUUCUUCCUCUAGCACAAAUGCUAAGGCUGCGGCUGCUGCCGUGCCACAGACGUCUGCUAUGGCUACACAGGCGGCCAAGUGUGCGACAGCUGCCUCGCAGGCAGCAUCAGAAGGGAUGGACGUUGUACAAGCGUCAUCGUUAACGCCCCUGGAUCAUGCGGUUUUCCGCAGCUUGCUUGCAUCGACAGGCACGGCUGAUGGCGUGUUGGCGAAUGGCGGCGAGGAGCGCCUGCGCCGCUUGGCGAACAACAUUGUGUGUACAGGCGGCGCAGCCCACAUAUCGGGGCUAUCAGAGGCACUGGAAGCGCGUGUAUCUAUGCUGCUGGCCGAGCAUUACACGCCAUCCGACCCAUCGCGCAAGCCAGCCGUGCCAGUGGGACCCAACUUUACUGCACCGCAAGCCACGGUCAUUCCGCCGCCGCGCAACUUGGAUCCAGCUUCGCUGGCAUGGAAGGGGCUGGCUGUGCUAGCGAAUCUGGAUACGAUGCAGGAACUGUGGGUGCAAGCAUCCGACUGGGACACGUUUGGGUACCGGGCGUUGAAAGAAAAGUCGUUGUUUUUGUAG